AAUGCACUGAAUAAUUUGUUUUGGGAAGCAAACAAGUUGAAGCAUAAGGGGAAGAACAGUAGCACGAUCUCUCUCAUUCCGAUUUUAGAAUUUUUUUUCCUCCCCGGCUUCCUAUUCUGUUUUCUUCCAUAUUGAGAAACUUCGGGGGCUCCAGGCAAAUGCCACGAAAACGAAGGACGUGUUGCCGAAACUUUCAGAAACUGGAAAUCCUCCAGCGAGAUCUUAGGAGAUUCAGGGGAGCAAGGCGUUCGAGGCAAAGCAAUCCAUGGGCAACGCUCAGUCACCUCCUCCCUCUGAUCCUCGAUAUGCUUCCGCAUCCAGAGCUUUCACUCAAAAGGAACUUGAAGAUUUAAGGACUCUGUUCAAGUCUCUGGCAGUUCAAUCGCAGAGCAACGGCGACUAUGUCUCUCUCUCCGUCUUUCAGUCAUAUUUUGGACUCGAUGACCUUCUUGGGGAGAGGAUGUUUUAUUUGGUUACUCAGCAGCGUGGGGACAAAAAACUAGCCUUCGAAGAUCUUGUUAUUGCUAAAGCUGCUUAUGAGAAAGGAACAAAAGAUGAAAUUGAUGAAUUCAUCUUUCGCUUACUAGAUGUAUCUGGAAAUAAUAUUCUAGGGAGGUCUGAUUUGGAAUCUGUUCUAAUAGCAAUUUUUCACAACCUGUUGAGCAUUGAAGAUUCUGAAGUUAGAUCAAGUUCACAUCGGGACACUGUCAACAUAUUUUUGAAUGCUGCAACUUUCUCAAAGUAUGAAGAAGGAUGCACUGAGGAGUUUAUGUCUUUUGAAGAUUUCAGAAGUUGGUGUACUCAUAUCCCAUCUGUGAGAAAGCUUCUUGGCAGCUUGUUGAUGCCACCUGAUUCAGGAAGACCGGGUUCUCAAGUUCCUCAUCUAUUGCAUUCGGAUGGCAUCGAUUCAGACAUUCUUCUUUUGAGAAAGGAGUAUGCGUGGCAUAUUGGAGGAGCACUUUCUCAGCAAGAAGUGGAAGCAUGGAAGCUUUUGUAUCAUAGUGCUUUGAAUGGUCUUAGUUUUAACACAUUCCUGGGCAACAUUUCAAAUCACGAAGGCCCUACUAUGUUGAUUAUCAAGGAUAAAGAAGGUUGUGUUUAUGGAGGAUAUGCUUCCCAACCAUGGGAGCGGCAUGCUGAAUUUUAUGGAGACAUGAAAUGUUGCCUGUUCCAGCUAACUCCAAAGGCCUCUAUAUAUAGACCUACUGGAGCAAACAAUAAUCUUCAAUGGUGUGCUGUGAACUUCACUUCAGAGGACAUCCCAAAUGGAAUUGGAUUUGGCGGACGGGUUAAUCACUUUGGUUUAUUUUUGUCGGCGAAUUUUGAUCAGGGGCAUACGUUUUCAUGUUCCACAUUUGGGAGUCCUUGCCUCUCCAAGAGUAGCCGUAUAUCACCUGAAGUAAUAGAGUGCUGGGGAGUGACAAGUGCAGCCCAAGCAGGAAUCCAGGGCAGGAAUGAAGCCGUCAAGGGUACUGUACUCGACAGACACAAGGAAGAUAGGCAUAUGCUCAAUAUGGUAGGCCUUGCGAAUUCCAGCGAAUGAAAUAGACCCUACAUUCUCGAAUCUAUCUCCUUUAUCUCGUCGUGUGGCCUUUGGAUGAAUGGCUCUGUCAAAACUCCUACUAAGUAGCAAUGAACUCCCGGGAUUGCUUUCUUGAAAAUCUUAGGCACAUCCAUGUUGCCCUUUUGUUUUCUGGGUUAUGCUCCACCUCCAGAACUCAAUAUCAGUAGCAGUUAUUGACCAGUGAGCGCUUCGUAGAGGGUAAUCGUUUUUUUUUAAUAUGUAAAAUAGUACUCUAGAUUACGCUGAACUAUACACUUAAUCUUUUAUAUUUUACCUUAAUCUUUGUUUCAA